AUGUUCUUGUUUAUCCUGCCGCCCAAAAAAUUCACUUAUGGGACUGCGGAGAUAAGGAUCGACGCCUCCAGGUCUUCAGGUUUUUCUUAUCUAAAAUGGAAGUCAUAUCUGGCGAAGACUUCUUGUGAGGAACUGCAGGUGUCGACGAUGUGGCACGACAUCGAGACGGUGCUGUUGGGCAACGCGUCCAGCCCGGACCCGGAGCCGCUGCCCGCCCUCGUCGUCACGUCGGACGCCCUGGCCACGCCCACAUCCACGUCGCCGCCGUCGUCGUCGUCGCCGACCACGAUGUUCAGCGCUCCGUCGCUGCCCCAGACGCCCUCGAUACUGUCGCAGGCCCUGACGGCCCCGCUGACGCCGCGCCUGCACUCCCUGCAGUACGCGCCCUACUGCCCGCCGCCGCCGCCGCCCUCGGACGGCCUCCUGACGAACCUCAGCGGCGGCGGCGAGGAGAGCCAGGGCGGCUACCACGUCCCCAGCGACGACAACCAGCACUACCGCGGGGUGUCGCCGGCCACGACGCCCAUGGACACGUCCUACCCCGGCCAGUACGCCUCGCCCUACAACGCCUACGUCGAAAGCCUGGAGGUGGACGCGUACGUGGCGGAGGAGCUGGGCGCGGCGCAGUACGCCACCAGCGUGAUGGACGCGUCCGCCCUGGUGCAGGCGGAGGACUUCGUGGACCUGGACGCCCUCGCCAAGAGCGCCGCCGAGGGCCACUACUACGGCGACCCCCGCCCCCGCCUCCGCGCAGCCGCCGCGGCCCGAGGCGCAGGAGCAGUUCCAGUUCGCGCCCCCCGAGGCGCCCGCCAAAGCUGCCCUCCAUCGCCACACUGCAGCCCGCGCCCACGCCCUCGCCUUCAGCACCAGCAACAGCAGCAGCAGCAGAUUCAGCAGCAGCACCUGCAGCAACAACAGCAGCAGUGCAUACCGCAGCCGCAGCCGCAGGGCGAGGGCAUGGCGCCCCCCCUGCCGGGGUCACUCAGGUCACCUACACCCACGGCCAGAUGUCUCCCCCGGCGUCCCCCGACAACGAGGAGCUGCCUCCGGGGUCAGGGUGUCUACGGCGGGCGUGACCCCCGUGGCGGCACGGCGGCGCCCCUGACCACCCACGCCCUCACCCGCCAGACGCUGCACACGCUGGUCAAGGUCAUGACCCCGCCCUCGUCGCCCAACCUCUCCGAGCUCCUGUCGACGCCCGUGACCACCGCCGCGUCGUGUCACGCCCUCACGCUCACGGGCUCGGAGCACCACCACCAGGCCGCCCGCGAGCCGCCCGCGCCCCCUCCGCCGGACGACCAGGAGGCCAAGGUGGUGAAGAAGACGACGGGGCGCAAGAAGAUCACGGCCCACACGUGCCAGCACCCCGGCUGCCACAAGAUCUACACCAAGUCGUCGCACCUCAAGGCGCACCUGCGCACGCACACGGGCGAGAAGCCGUACAUGUGCAACUGGAAGGGCUGCGGCUGGAAGUUCGCCCGGAGCGACGAGCUGACGCGGCACCUUCGGAAGCACACGGGCGACAGGCCCUUCCGCUGCCGCCUGUGCGAGAGGGCCUUCUCGCGCUCGGACCACCUCAGCCUGCACAUGAAGCGGCACGAGAGCGUGUAGUCUGCGGGCGCACACGCACGCACACGCGCCCACUGUACAUACAUACAGCCGGUGUACAAAGGCUGGAGGGGUAUAUCUAUUUUUUAUUUUCGAUUUUUUUCCUUUUUUUCUCUCAAGCUCGGUACCCCCCAGUCUGACCUAUGUUACCAGGUGACCUCUUCCCCGCACGCGUGACCUGUCGUGACACACUUGGCAUUCUGGACCCAAACUUUUGCUUAACGUUCCAUCCGUUCCUCCGUUCCUCCGUUCCGCCUUCGGGACAAAGAACAGUCAGAGAGAAAAAGAGAAGAGAGAGAGAGAGAGAGAUAAAAGAAAUAGAAUAAGGGAAAUAAAAAUACAGGGAGGGAAUGGGUGUUUUCUUCAUGACGAAGAGACCUUAUUAGACACGGUCGUUCUCAAAAUCAAAAAUUUACACCCAAGAAAAACAGACAAAGGAAAGAAAAAUAAGAAAGAAAGAAGCAGAUAUAAAAAAACGAAAAAAUACAUACCCAGAUGCCAACACAAACAAGGGUAUCAGGAAGGGCAUCUUGUUUCGAUCAUUAAGGUACUCAAUGCCAUCAGCGGUCGCCGUAAUGUCUUGAAUCACGUGCCCAUUUGUGUACACUUUCCCUCUCGUCUUUAUGCUAAUUCGAUCUACAAUGCCUCAUCAACUGUGACCCCC